AUGGAGAAUCUCAAGGUUUUUGUGUUUACAUUCUUCGCAGUAUUGUUGUUGCUUGUGUUCGAUGUUAAUGGCCAGCUACCUCAACCUCAACGCCCCCUCUGCGUCUCUCAACUUGCUCUGGUGAACUAUGCUUGCGGAACUCUACUUCCAGCACCACCAGCUACCUCCCUGCCCUCCGCUACUGCUGCCUUACCUGCAGAUGACGACAACAACCACGGGCAUAGGCACGGGCAUGGCCACAGACACAGGAACGGGCAUCGGCUCGGAGGCCGCCACGGGCAUAACCACGGAGGAAGGCUAGAACAAAAUUGUUGUCGGUGGCUGAGUGAUGUGGAUCCUGAAUGUGUGUGUGAAUUGCUGGUUCGCUUGCCACCCUUCCUUUCAAAGCCUCAUCAUGAAUACACCGUCAAGAUUAAUGACUCUUGCAGUGUUUCUUACUCUUGUUAA